GUUUUGUUUUCAUGUCUACUGUUUAGCAGACGCGUUUGGCGAAAAGAAAAAGUAACCACGCAGACAGUUUUCAAUAAGAGUUUUGUAAAAUUAAGCUUCAACGGUUUUAUUCUCUUCUCAAAUCUGUCAAGUGAGUGAUGAAUCAUAUUGGGAGGCUGGCUGUUUCCACAAGAAGUGUUAAUCCCCUUCUCAAUUUUCAACGUGUUAUGAGUGUAGAAGUCUCACCUGCUCUAAACAUGACCAUGGCGGUUAAACACAGAUAUGAUAAUAUAACAAAAUCUGUUGAGGAUAAGCGCUUGUAUAGAGGCAUAGUUUUAGACAAUGGAAUGAAAGUUCUUCUGAUAAGUGAUGAUACGACUGAUAAAUCGGCUGCUUGUAUUGAUGUUGCAGUGGGUUACAUGUCUGACCCUGAUGACUUACCUGGUCUUGCACAUUUUUGUGAGCACAUGCUUUUUCUAGGAACAGAGAAGUACCCAGAUGAAAAUAAAUAUAACCAAUUUUUAUCUCAAAAUGCUGGAAGAUGUAAUGCAUUUACCUCAACUGAUGUAACAAAUUACUACUUUGAUGUGGCUCCGGAUCAUCUAAAGGAGACUUUAGACAUUUUUGCGCAAUUUUUUAUUGCACCACUAUUCACUGAGAGUGCCACUGAUAAAGAGGUGAAUGCAAUUGAAUCAGAGAAUGAUAACAAUUUGCUCAGAGAUGUAUGGCGUUUAUCACAGUUAAAAAAGUCUCUCUCUAAGAAAGGUCAUCCUUAUUCCAAAUAUGGAACAGGAAACAAGCAGACCCUUGUUGAAAAACCCAAAGAAAUGGGAAUCAGUGUAAGGGAAGAACUUCUCAAAUUUCAUUCUACAUGGUAUGCCGCAAAUAUGAUGAGUCUCAUUGUUCUUGGGAAAGAGAGCCUAGACGACCUGGAGGCUAUGGUUAUUGAAAACUUCUCCCAAGUAAAAUCUAAAGAUGGUGUUGAACCACCAUCAUGGCCAGAGUCACCUUGUGGACCAGAUGAACUGCAGAAGAAACUUCUAGCCAUUCCUGUGAAAGAUUUACGCAAUCUUGUUAUCACUUUUCCCAUUACUGAUCUCUCAGACCAUUACAAAUCUUGUCCUGCAGGAUAUGUGGCUCAUUUUAUUGGUCAUGAGGGCCCUGGGAGCAUUCUCUCUGCUCUGCGUUCUCGAGGUUGGUGUAAUGGACUAAGAGCUGGACCCACACAACCAGCAAGAGGAUUUGCUGAAUUCUCUGUAGCCGUAGACUUGUCAGAGGAAGGUGUGGAUCAUGUUGAUGAUAUAAUAAAUAUAAUAUUUCAGUACAUUAAUCUAUUGAAAAAGACUGGACCAAAGAAAGAAAGUUUUGAGGAGAUGAGAUCUCUCAAAGAGAUGAAUUUCAGGUUCAAGGAUAAGGAGCCUCCAAUGAGCUAUGUGACCAACCUUGCAUCAAACAUCACAAGAUUUGCUAUGGAGGAUAUUCUAAAGGGUCAUUAUAUAUUAGAUGAGUGGAGGCCAGAUCUGAUUGUUGAAGAAGUCUUGAAUAAACUCACUCCAAAUAAUAUGAGAGUGGUUGUGCAAGCUCAGAAAUUCAAACCACUUGCUGAUAUGAAGGAGGAGUGGUAUGGAACCGACUACAGUUUGAAGGACAUUCCCCAAGAAACACUAGAAAAAUGGAAUUCUGCUGGAUAUUGUGAUGACCUUGCUCUUCCUCCUCCAAAUGAAUUCAUUCCCACUGAUUUCGAAGUUUUGCCAGUUACUCCAGAUAUAAAGCCAUUUCCAACCAUUAUACAAGAUUCACCGCUAUCAAGAGUUUGGUACAAGCAAGAUGAUAAGUUUUUACUGCCUAAAACAUCUUGCAAAAUUGACAUUGGAAGCCCCUUGGCGUACUUAGAUCCAAACAGUUGCAACAAAUCAACAAUGUAUGUGUAUCUGUUAGAAGAUGCUCUGAAUGAAUACUCUUACGCAGCUACUCUUGCAGGCUUGCACUAUAGUCUGGGAAUUACCACAACUGGUUUACAGUUGGUCUUGGAGGGAUAUAGCAGCAAGCAGCAUGUUCUUUUGGAAAAGAUUGUGGAAAGAAUGGCUAAUUUUCAAGUGGACCCAAAGCGCUUUGAAAUUCUAAAAGAAAACCACAUGCGGUCACUGCGCAAUUUCAAACUUGAGCAACCUCAUUCACAUGCAAUGUAUUUCCUAUACAUGCUCAUGUUUUACAUCCAGUGGACAAAAGAAGAACUUAUGGAGGCACUGGAAGGGUUGACUGCAAGUGAUGUUGAAGAAUUUGUUCCUCAUCUAUUGUCAAACAUUCACUUAGAAUUUCUAAUCCAUGGAAGUGCCACCAAGGAGAGAGCUCUCCAGUUAUCAAAUAUUGUGGAAGAUACCAUCAAAAAGCAAAUCAAACUACGUCCACUAUUACCAAAACAAAUGGCUUUGUUGAGGCAAAUCCAGCUGGCUGACCGUAGCAAUUUUGUUUACCGGAUUGAAUCUUCAGCCCACCCAUCCUCGUGCACUGCAGUUUAUCUGCAAUGUGGGACCCUAAGCACUGAAAACAACAUGAAGCUAGAAUUAAUUGCUCAAAUUUUAAAGGAACCGUUCUUCACAAUUCUUCGUACUAAGGAGCAACUUGGUUAUAUUGUUCGGUGCAGCAUACAUCGUUCAUACACAGAACAGGGCUUAAUGGCCCUAGUGCAGUCAAGUCGUGACCCCGAAUAUGUUGAGAAAAGAAUUGAAGCAUUCUUUGAUCAUAUGCUUAAUUUUAUUAUUGAGAUGAGUGAAGAGGACUUUGAAAAGCACAAGGAAGCUGUGGCUGUUAAAAGAUUGGAAAAACCGAAGAUGCUCUGGGCCCUUAGCUCAGUAUAUUGGAGGGAGAUUGUUUCUCAGCUGUAUCACUUUGAUCGUGACAAUGUUGAGGUUGACUACAUGAGAACUCUUACAAAACAAGAUGUAAUUCAGCAUUAUCAGGAUCUGAUAAGCCAUGAUGCCUGUAAGCGACACAAACUCUCUGUACAAGUAGUACCAGCCCAGGACUCUACUUUUGAACUUCGCACAUCAGAAACUGCAGCAGUGAUGGAUAACGGCAAAGUGGCAGAGGACAUUCACCCUGCCCCAGAAAUCAGUACUCCAGUUGUUGCCAUUGAAGAUAUUCUGUCAUUCCACCGAUCUCAAGCAUUGUGCCCUUACCCAAAGCCUUACAUGAUUGUUGGGGCAAGAUCCAAGCUAUAAAUUUGUCUAUCUCACAAGAAAAAGAAAACUUUAUACUCUUUAAAUACAUAUGUGUUUAUGGAAUUGCAUGCAUGAAUUACAAAUAAGCUGAACUUGUGGGCUGUGUGCAAAUUUUGACAAUUUACCAAAUAAUGUUGAAUCUAUAUAAAAGUUCAAAUCAAUGGAUGAACACCUACUAAACAUUUGCAUUCUAAGACUAUCUGCUUUUAUGUACCUGAGUAGCAGGUUUUCCUGAUAGUUCUUUUCCUUUACUUUAACUGUAAAUAUUUGCAAAGUUUUCAAUGAAUUUUUAUAAACUAAAUUUUUAAUUUCAAUUGCAUUGCAAUAUGUGCCAGUAUUAGUUUUACCAAUCAUGUUGUUUGUUCCUCCUCUCAUAUAUUUGAUGAUGACUCAUUAGCGCUUGUACUUAACAUUGCACCAAACUAAUCAAACUAUUUGUGGUAGGGUGUUCUGCUCCAUCUUUCAGUGGAAAUAACGGUGGAAAAAAAAGUAAAUAACUAUUGUCUUUGUUUCGAGGAUUGGCACAACGCUCUACUCCGAUAUGACCCGUUUGUCAGCUCUGCCGCUUGAUCAAAGUAAUAAACAAAUGCAUACUUCAAAUGCAACAAAAAGAAAA